GACAUGCCGAGACGCGCGGGCCGUGAAGCCGGAAAGACCAUUUCUUUUAUCUUCGUGUCAUGUCUACAUAUCUCAAGAUGUCUUUCCUUGGUCUUUGUUUGAUUGCUGGCCUUUGUCUCCUUAUUGUCGCCGCAAAGGCAGAACACAUGCCGGACAGGGUCUUUCAAGUAUCCUCAGACUGGAUGACAGAGGAUGUAUCGGUGGAAGGUACUGGCUGCGCCUGCAAUCAGUCAAGCGAGGACUGCGGUUGCUGCGCGCAUAUCAAGUUUGAUAAGUUUGACAUUGAUGACGACGUAUGCGUGAAUGUAACCUACCUUCCAUCGCAGAUUGGACUGGAUUUUACUCUGACGUGGAAUGGCAAGGCCCUCGUCAAUAAAACCAUCUCAGCUGUUAACCCGCCGCCAAUAUGCGUUGGCAUUCCGCACGUGGAUCUCCUCAAAGCCUGCGUAAAGUUCUCCAACAUAUCAUACAACAAGGAUCAUUUCGGCGGCUGCAUCUCCGUCGGCCUGGAGGCGCUUGGCUUCGAGAAGGACUUCCCUUUGGGAUGCAUCUACUCGUCAAAGAAAGAAUCCGUGCGCAUGCGUCGAUUGAGAAGGCUGCUUCGCAGGCUGGUGCGACGUAGAUAUUACAUGAAGGAUUUCUCAGAGUUCCAGAGAAUGGUGCAAAGGGGAAAGAAUGCUCGAAAGGAAUCAUUUGGCGAUGUAGAAAAUUAGGUGAAAGGUGCCUUUUGUUCCGUAGAAAUCCUGUAGAAUACAAGCGUGGAAACAUGUAUCGCUAUAGAGGUAUUUUAAUAAAAAAAGAGCUUGAAAGAAA